GGUGACGACGCCUCCUCUAUAGCGGAACGCAUAUCUGUUGUCUCCCACCGUCGCGGCUCGCAGGUCGGGGCCUCCGGCCUCCAUGACAGUAUCGAGAUAGAGCGGAUUAACACCUAUCGUCUUCAGCAACAACUCACUAUAGGAUCCAGUCGCAGUCGCAUACCGCAAGACCAGUGGCUACCCCUCGGGGCCGGGAAACCCUACCCACCGCCUCUCCCAGAUUCGGAAGCGUAUGUGGUCGAGUUCGAAGGAGCAGAUGAUCCGAUGCAUCCCCACAACUGGCCCAUGAAGAGAAGGUAAGAAAUGAUGGCCCCCAUUUAUCGGACCUAUAUUGCAUCGGGAUGGUCGUUGAUGCCCCUGCAGAGUCAUUCUGGGGUCGCUUCUCACCUCAUGUGCCCUGGUAACUGCCUACGGCAGUGCAGUAUUUGCGACUGCUGCUUCGGGUGCCAUGAAGGAGUUUGGCUUUGGUGAAGAGGUUGCGGCACUGGGAACGACUCUCUACGUCUUGGGCUUCUCGGCGGGGCCAACGGUGUGGGCACCUGGCUCGGAGCUGCUCGGCCGGCGAUGGCCACUGUUGAUCGGGAUGUUUGGCUUCGAUCUUUUUACCAUAGCCUGUGCCACUGCCAAGGAUACACAGACCCUAAUGCUGUGCCGCUUCUUUGCGGGCUUCUUCGCUGCCAGCAUCAUUGCCCUGGUUCCCGCCAGCCUGUCUGAUGUCUUCAACAAUCACCAGCGUGGAGUCGCCAUCGCCAUGUAUACCAUGUCGGUGUUCACCGGUCCGUUCACGGCCCCGUUCAUUGGCGGCUUUACGGCAUCAAGCCAUCUAGGCUGGCGGUGGACGCUGUAUGUCCCCGCCAUUGUUGGGUUCUUUUGCCUCGCGUUGAUAGUUCUCUUCACCGAAGAGACAUACGCGCCUAUUAUCCUGGUUCAGAAGGCGGCCAUCCUCCGACGCCAGACGCGGAACUGGGGUAUCCACGCUCGUCAAGACGAACUCGAAGUUACGUUCCGCGAGAUGGUCACCAAGAAUUUGGCGCGUCCAUUCUUAAUUUUGUUCACCGAGCCGAUUGCGUUUCUACUCACCCUCUACAUGUCGUUCAUCUAUGGAUUGGCCUAUGCACUGCUGGAGGCGUACCCGAUCGUCUUCGAAGGCACCUAUGGCAUGACUGGUGGUGUUGCAGGGUUACCCUUCAUUGGCCUUAUCAUUGGCGAAAUCGCAGGCAGUACAUUUGUCUUAUCGCUGUCGGGAUCCUAUUCGCGGAAGUUGGUGGCCAACAACGAUGUGUCGGUGCCGGAAUGGCGUCUUCCCCCUUGCAUUGUUGGUGGCGCCGCGUUUGCUGGUGGGCUAUUUUGGUUUGGAUGGACUGGCUGGGAUAGUUCAAUCCAUUGGAUGGCUCCCACGGCUGCCGGAGUGGCAGUGGGAUUUGGCUUAACUUCCAUUUUCAUGCAGUGCUUCAACUAUAUUCUGGACACUUACUCGAAGUUGUGAGUGCACUCCGUUUUCCGCCUUUCUUAUUUUCUUCUCCCAUACGGACCGGGCUGCAUGCUAAUGAUGUAGUGCUGCGUCGGCCUUUGCGGCCAACACCAUGAUGCGAUCCAUGGUGGGUGCCGUCUUCCCUCUUUUCACGCGACAGAUGUUCAACAACCUCGGUAUUCAAUGGGCAGGUACGCUGCUAGGAUGCAUUGCCGUGGUGAUGAUCCCAAUCCCGGUGAUGUUCUACCUCUAUGGUGGCCGUAUCCGGCAGAAGAGUAAAUUGGCCCCUGCGAUGGAGCUUGUCGAGGAAGAGAUCAAACAGGCAUAAUGAAGCACUAUAAAAGAAGGCAUUGCUGUAAGUAUGACCAUAAAGAUAGACAUAGUUAAAAGGUUAUACCGCU